CUGAUUUUUAUUCCUAAGCAUUAAGAGAUGCCAAGAAUAAGAAGUUUAGGAGGUUCAGAAAGCAGUUCAUCAAUAGAGAUGAGAAAGAUGAAAGCAGCGAAAUAAAAGAGGAGCAACCUACAGGGGCCAUAAGUAAGAUGACGCCGGCGGAGUACCGGAGAUUACAGCCGAAAAGACCAGCCAUCAAAACUAUUAUAAAUCAGAGAUCCCCAGCCAUUGUAGCCAUUUUACCGUCCCCUAAAGAGGAGGCCAACUGGUUGUUCAGAAGGAGAGGAGCUUUGUCACCUAAUUCACUGUCUAAAAAGGGACGGGAGCCUGCGACAGAGGAGGCGGAUGAUGGAGACAUGUUUGGAGAUGAUUUCUUUAUAGAAAAGAAAACAUUUAAAAUUGGAAUAAUUGGUGAAGCCCUUAGCUUGUUUAAUGAGAAGACCCUGACUCCCUUAGGGGCUAAUGAUGAGGAGGAGGGUGAAGAGGGAGAGGAAGGAAAGAAACAGGCUGCUCCAGAGGAAGGAACCCGGGACAAGACUCCGCCUCCAGGUAAUAUACUUUUAAUUCUUCAACCCAAAGGUUAAGAAGAAGACUUGAUAACUACAU